AUGAUGAGAUAUCCCGUUGCAACGGCUCUUUUGGUUUGCUUCGUCGCGUCCGCUGUUCCGAAAUCUCACGCGGCGAGCACCUCAGUGGCAAAGGCGGUCAAGUCUACACUGACCAAUGACGCCACCAAGAACGUCAGGUCUCCAUGGUGGCAAUCAGAUUUUGAUGUGUCCAUUGAUGAGUUCCCAGACCCGGAUGUAUCGUGGUGCAGCUCCGCGGAGGCUCCCACCAAUGACACGGACACGACCUCCCAGCGCCCACAUUUGGAGGGCGUGAAGACGUAUUUACUGCCCUCGGAUGCAAAUGACGGUUCCUUCAAGAGCUACCCGUAUGUCAUCAGUCCUUCCUCGGACGAUCAGAAGACUUUGGCCUUCCUUUCUUCGUUCAUGGAGCAGAAUCGUGGUUGGAUCAAUGAGAAGAUACUUCAAUACGGAGCGGUUCUUUUCCGUGGCUUUGAUGUUGUGACAGCCAAGGACGUGGAAAGGGCUGUGCUUUCCUUCGAGCCAGACUUGAGCGAUGUCUAUCGUGGGACGUCUCCCAGGCACUCUCAGGGUGGCAGCCGCUUUGUCUUUAGCGCCGCCGAGGUUCCCGUCCACUAUCCCAUUGCCCAGCAUUGCGAGAUGUCGUUUCUCAAAGAGGUGCCUCCCAAGCUCUUCUUCAGUGCCCUUCGCGUCAGCUCUCAACCGGGUGGCGAGACCGCACUGACAGACUUUCGCCAGGUGUACAGAGAUCUGCCAGAUGAUCUGCGCCAGAAGCUCCAGAUGAAGAAACUACGAUACACCCGAACCCACACCAAGGAUGGCAUUUCGUUCACUCAUGAUGUGGCAGCCAUGCUCAGCUGGCCCGAGAUGUUCAGGACUGACAACAAGACGCGAGUGGAGGAACUCUCUGCUUUGGAGGGAAUGCCCGUAAGGUGGGAAGGGCCCAACGAGGACACGUUCGUGAGCGAGUUUGAAACCGAGGCCUUUCAGUUGCACCCCGAGACGGGGGAGCCCGUUUGGUUCAACCAUAUUCAAGUUUUCCACUGGACGUCCUUUACAGCCGAGCUGUUUGGUGCGUUCAGACGGACAGGAGAUAUCCGAUACCUAGGCCGGGCUGUAAUGAUUGGCAUCCACUCGUUGAUCAAGUACGGAAUGAUGGGGCAGAGAAUGGCGCUGCAUGUCAGCUUUGGAGACGGCGAAGUCAUCUCGAUUUCAGAAGCUCACCACAUUCGUAAGGCCGUGCACCAGAACACGGUUUAUAAUCGUUGGCUACGUGGCGACAUUGUAGCCAUUGACAACCUUUCCACUGCGCAUGGACGCAGCCCCACGUACGACUCGGGCCGCAACGUCGUCGUGGCGUGGACGGCACUCGUUCCCAAGAGAGACGCGAUGGCGAAGAUGCAUCUGACAGCCGACAUGGUUUGA